AUGUCGAACUUUAUCAGAUCAACUAAAUCAAAUUUCAAAUUCGGUGCUCACGUCACAAUCAAAGGUGGUAUCUCAAAUAGUGUAACAAACGCUCAUAAUAUAGGCUGUAAUGCAUUUGCUUUGUUUUUAAAAUCUCCUAAAAAAUGGCUUUCUCCACAAUACACCAACGAAGAAAUUUCAAAAUUCAAAGAGAAUUGUAUCAAAUUCAAUUAUAACCCUUUGACUGAUAUCCUACCACAUGGUCAAUAUUUCAUCAACCUUUGUAAUCCAGAUCCAGAAAAAGUCACAAAGAGUUACGAAUCAUUCAUCGAUGAACUGAAUCGUUGUGAAUCAUUAGGUAUCGGUCUUUACAAUUUACAUCCAGGCUCUGCAAUUAAUGGCGAUUUCGAGACUCAAUUGAAACAAUUAGCCACGCAUAUCAACAACGCCAUCAAUGAAACAAAAUUUGUUAAAAUUGUAUUGGAGAACAUGGCUGGUAAUGGUAAUCUAAUUGGUGCAAAAUUAUCUGAUUUUAAAACUAUAAUAAACGAAAUCGAACCUAAAAAUAGAAACCGUAUUGGAAUUUGCAUUGACACUUGUCAUACUUUCGUGGCAGGCUUUAAUCUAUUAGAUGAAGACUCUUUCACUCAAUUUUGGAAAGAUUUUGAUGAAAUUAUUGGUCUCAAAUAUUUAAGUGCCAUUCAUUUAAAUGAUUCAAAGGCACCUACUCUAUCGAACAAAGAUCUUCAUGAAAAGAUCGGUCAAGGGUUCCUGACACUAAACUUCUUCCAUAAUUUGGUAACUUCAAACUUGGAUUUUUUGAAAAAUAUACCAAUUGUAUUAGAAACACCUAUAACAAACAAUAUCAAAUUCGAAGAAUACGGUGAAGAAAUCAAAAUGUUAGAAUGGUUGGAAGAACUAGGUCCAGAUGUUAAAGAUAAUCAAGAAUUUUUAGAUAAAUUCGAAGCUUUACAAAAAUUAGGUGAAUCUUCACGUAAAGAACAACUACAAAAAUUCCAAACGAAGCAGUCAAAAACUACCAAGAAAAGAAAAGCUACUAAUGGCUCAAUAGACAUUACUAAACAACUAUCAAAGAAAUCUAAAACAGUAAAAUAA